AAAUAUACUCAAUGGUGAUGGCGGACAGUUGGCGGGAAAACUGACGUGUAUUGUAGACUUGUGAAAAUUUGAUGGUUAAAAUCGUUUGAAAACGUCAAUAAUUGUUACAGCUAUGACUGAUGAUGAGUGCAUGGUCGUAGAUGAUGCUGAAGAAGCCAGCACGUCGAAAAAUAAAAUGGAAGAGUCGGUUUCCAAGUCAAAGACACACAACCUUCCAUGGAUAGAGAAAUAUCGACCUCACACAUUCCAAGAUAUUGUUGGAAAUGAAAAUACUGUGGAGAGACUGGAAGAAUUUGCCAAACAAGGAAAUGUACCCAAUAUCAUUUUGGCUGGCCCUCCAGGGGUGGGCAAAACCACGACCAUCCUGUGUCUCGCUCGCAUCAUGCUCGGCCCUGCAUUCAGCUCUGCCGUGCUGGAGCUCAACGCGUCCAAUGAGAGGGGCAUCGAAGUGGUGCGCAGUAAGAUCAAGAUGUUUGCCCAGCAGAAAGUAACCUUGCCUCCAGGUCGGCAUAAGAUAAUCAUCUUGGACGAGGCAGAUAGCAUGACGGAUGGGGCCCAGCAGGCCCUCCGUCGGACCAUGGAGCUGUACAGCAACACCACGAGGUUCGCGCUCGCGUGCAACAACAGCGAGAAGAUCAUAGAGCCCAUCCAGUCCCGCUGCGCCAUGCUGAGGUACGGCCGCCUCUCGGACGCCCAGGUGCUUGCCAAGGUCAUUGAGGUGUGUCAGAAGGAGCAGGUGUCGUACACGGAGGAUGGCUUGGAGGCGGUAGUGUUCACGUCACAGGGAGACAUGAGGCAGGCCCUCAACAACUUGCAGUCCACUCACAACGGGUUCGGCCACGUCAGCAGUGAAAAUGUAUUCAAGGUUUGUGAUGAACCCCACCCUUUGUUGAUCAAAGAGAUGUUGCUGCAUUGUGCAGAAGGAGACUUGGAUAAAGCAUACAAGAUCAUAGCCCACCUUUGGAGGCUGGGAUAUGCAGCAGAGGACAUAAUUACAAAUAUAUUUCGUGUCUGCAAAACUUUGGAUAUGGCUUGUGAUAUCAAACUUCAGUUCAUGAAGGAGAUUGGGCACACUCACCUGAGGAUUGUCGAGGGCGUCGGUUCUCUCCUCCAGAUGUCGGGCUUGCUGGCACGCCUCUGCCGGGUCAAGUCGUGAGCAGAUGCCAGCAGACUGCAGCUGUCUUUUUCGUUUCAUAUAUGUUCUAUUUAAUAUUUUUAAUAAAAUAAUUUUAAAUUUUU